CGUGCUCUCCACAAAUCCUCAAGCUAAACACUAACGGAUGUUGCUUGUUGAUGACGGAACAGAAUAUUUAAGGGCCUUUAAUCAAUGUAAUUAACACCUAAUACAGCAAUCAGCAUGCAAUGGAAGACGGGAGGAGUUAUGGUGCUAAUUGUACAAUAGUUAGCACCGUCCUAACCAAGGGGAAAACUACUACUAGUUUGAAUUAGUAGUGAUUUAGUUUAGAUUCCGUAGUGAUUUCGUUAUUUUUAGUAGCGUUUUUUGCUAGUUAUCACGGUGCUAACCCCUAUAAGGGUUAGCACCUAAUCCUAUCCCAAUGGAAGACCCUUCUCAAAAUCUGAAUUACCGAUUUUCUGAAUUCCCGCUGAUAGUCGCCGUCCUCAAAUCCAGCCCUAAUUCCCGGCCGGACGCGGUGCCUUGUUUCGCAAGCCAGCCGUUGAAAUUAUGCUUGUUCUCCUAACAAGCUUCCCAAAAAAGAAUGUCUGAUCCUCCAUCUAAACUAUUGAUUAGCUACCUGCUAAUCAUCCUUUUUUUUUUCAAUUUAUCAUAUUCAGCAUGAAGUUUGUACACGUUGGUGGAGGCUUAUGCCUAGAUUAAAUAACGCGAUAUUGAAAUUAUGAGAAUCUAACCACGAGAUUUUCGUUGUCGUGCUUCUGGGUUGAUCGUGAUGGGAAACAUCGAUACAUACUUCAGGGGACGUGUUUGAGACCAAUCAAUUAAUGGUCUCUUCUCCCUUAGUCUAGUCGUAGUUGAGUCGCUUGCCGUUUCAAAUCCGAAUCUAAUAAGUGUUUUUUCGGCGGCCGGACUGUUUAAUUCUGUAACCGAUGCAUUCUCAAUUUUCGGUAUCUAUCGUUAUUAUGAUUUUCUGAGGAGAGUGAAGAAACGUAGUCACCUAUGGAGGAAGUUGGCGGCUCCACACGCUUCAGAAAUUAUGGUGGCCGCCGUUGUUCCGACUUACAAAGCAAUAUCCAAAGUCCAAAACAGAGCAGGCGGAUUACUCUGCUGCUGAGCUGCAAGCCAACUUACGUUAAACAUCCCCCCCGAAACUGAUCUCCAUCGUCUCCCCCACCUAACUUCAACACCAAGAAAUCGGCUCCCACCCGAUCCCCGAUUUGCCCUUAUAAGCAUUCCAUCGAACACCUUCGCUUCAUUCCAUUCAAAACCCAAGUCCACACAACAUAUCUCUGCUGCACUUCCACCGAGGCCGAAAACCCAAAUCCUGGUUCUUCUGUAGCUUCAUUCCGCUCUUUGCUCAGUCGAAAAAUGAUGAAGCUUUAUAUUCAACUUCUGGUCACCAUUUCUCUGAUUCUUCAAGCUUCCGGGGCUCUGUCUCUUGCGACGGACUUCUCCAUCGCCAACUUGAAAAGGGUGGAUCAGUCCGGAAAAGGGGAUUACACGACGAUUCAGGAAGCCAUCGACUCUGUUCCUUCGGGAAACUCCGAGCUGGUUUUCAUAUGGGUCAAGCCCGGAGUCUACGAAGAGAAAGUCGUGGUUCCGGCGGACAAGCCCUUCAUCAGCAUCAGCGGCAACCAGGGUAACACCACCGUCAUCACGUGGAGCGAGCACGGCGACAUAUUCGAGACCGCGACUCUCUCCGUCCUGGCCCCCUUCUUCGUGGCCAGAUUCCUCACCAUUCAGAACACGUUUGGGAGCGGGGGGAAAGCAGUAGCGUUGAGGGUAUCAGGAGACAAAGCUGCAUUCUACGCCUGCAGAAUACUGUCCUACCAGGACACACUUCUAGACGACAGUGGAUCCCAUUACUACAGCAACUGCUACAUCGAAGGAGCCACCGACUUCAUCUGUGGCCAUGCUUCCUCCCUUUUCGAGAAAUGCCAUAUCCAUUCGCUCUCGGAGGGCAACGGCUCGAUCACAGCCCAGCACAGGGACGUGGAGUCGGACGAAACGGGGUACACUUUCUUGGGAUGCAAGGUAACUGGGACUGGACCUACCUUGCUGGGGAGGGCAUGGGGUGCUUAUUCCAGGGUGGUUUAUGCCUACUCCUACAUGACUUCUGCUGUCCUUCCAGCUGGAUGGAGUGAUUGGGGAGAUCAGAACAAGCAAAGCACUGUGUUCUAUGGGGAGUACAAGAACUAUGGACCUGGAGCUGACAGAUCAAAAAGAGUGGAAUGGUCCAAGAAGCUGUCAGGUGGAGAGAUUUCACCUUUCUUGAGCAAAGAGAUGAUUGGUGGGAGAUACUGGAUCAGGGCUUCCCCAAAGUUCUUCAGAAUUGGGUCCAAAAUUGUCAAAGCUGGCAAUGGUGGGACUCCCAACUUCAUGACCUGAAACUAUUCCUACUGGAAUCUGUGCUGUCAAAUGUACAGUUUAAUUUUUUUUCUUUUGUGUGGGAGGUAAAUACAGGUGUAUAUAGUUCAUGUAUGAUUGAUUCAUUCAUUUGACUUCCCUCUUCUCAUGGGGAGAGUAAAGUUUUUCACUUGUAAAUAUCAAGAAUUUGUGUAAAAUCGCAACGGAAGUUGUAUCAGAGAAAGACAGCAAUAUGGUAUGUUAUGCUGAAAUCGUGAUUCAUCCCUUUCAUAUCACUAAAACCUUGUGCCGAUUUAACCUCCAGUGUAAAAUGUUUUCAUGAGCAGAUCGUCGAUAUAGUUUCACAAACAGGGUUAUCAUAUAAAAAUAGAAUACUUCA